AUGCCGACAGCACAAUCUGGCAUGCCGCCCCCCAAGCCAGUUCAAGCGCAUCUAUUAUCUUCAAUCCCCUUAGUCGUCGAGACCAUGUGGGAACGAACACUCCAGGAUCUCAUCCGUGGUUUACGAGCGAACAAGAAGGACGAGGCCAAGUUCAUUGCUCAGGCGUUGGACGAGAUACGACGGGAAGUUAAGAGCAAGGAUAUGGAGUUGAAGGCAGGGGCAGUUCUCAAGCUCACAUACGUAUGCUGCCUCCAGAUGAUGGGUUAUGACAUGAGUUGGGCCUCGUUCCAUGUCGUGGAAGUCAUGUCGUCUCCCAAAUAUCACCUGAAGAGUGUUGGUUACCUCGGCGCUACCCAGUCGUUUGGGCAGGACACAGAUGUGCUAAUGCUGACGACGAAUCUGCUGAAGAAAGACCUUACCUCGAAUCCUUCAGACGUUGCAGUUACCUUGAAUGGACUGUCCCACAUCAUAUCUCCUGACCUUGCUCGAGAUCUCUCCCGCGACCUGGUUGCUAUGCUUAAUCAUUCGCGACCUCAAGUACGCAAGAGGGCGGUCAUUGCUGUUUACAAGGUUCUUACAAAGUAUCCGGAAGCCACGCCCAUUGCGAUCGCUCGGUUCAAGGAGAAACUGGAUGAUCCGGAUCCUGGCGUCGUUGCGGCCACAGUCAAUGUCCUGUGUGAACUCGUUCGACGAAAUCCACGAGACUAUCUCUCUUUGGCACCGCAGCUAUUCCAUUUGCUUACGACAUCCUCAAAUAAUUGGAUGCUCAUAAAGACUAUCAAACUGUUCGGCUUUCUAUCGCCAUACGAGCCUCGUCUCGUCAGAAAGCUGCAACCGCCAAUAACUGAGCUCAUCUCAACAACGCCUGCAAUCUCUCUCCUGUAUGAAUGCGUUCGCACAUGCAUCGUUGGAGGUAUGCUGCAGAGCGCAUCUGGACACUCACUUGCAGAGCUGUGCGUCACAAAGCUGGCUGCCUUUCUACAAGACGCAGACCAGAAUCUGAAGUAUAUUGCCCUUCUCGCUUUUGUGAAGAUUGUGCCCUCGCAUCCGCAUCUUGUGGCUCAAUAUCAAGAUAUGAUUCUGUCCAGCGUCAACGAUCAGGACAUAAGCAUUCGACUGCGGGCUCUUGACCUCUUAUCUGCCAUGGUCACCCGCGAGAACCUACAAUCAAUUGUCCAGCAGCUACUUUCCCAUCUUGUCCGCUCUGACUCCUCAGUACUACCAACUGCAGCGCAAUCCCUAGCACAGAACGGAACGUCUAUGACAUCCAAGUUGCCCUCAAAUCCCAGUCACUCACCAGGCUAUCGCCUCAUUCUCUCCCAGCGCAUUCUCGCUAUGCUAUCCUACGACACCUACAGUAACAUCACAGACUUCCAGUGGUAUCUUUCUGUCCUCGUCGAUCUCGCAUACGUCGCGUCCGUAGAUGUUGGUGCGCAAAUUCGCGAUCAACUCGUCGACAUUGUGGGCAGAGUGAGGGCCGUCCGUCGAUGGGCUGUGGAGUUGAUGGUCCGGCUGCUAAGCGACGAAACGUUCUCGAGAAAUGCAAAUGAAGAGGGUAGCUGUUCUGAAGUGCUAUGGGCUGCCGCUUGGAUAUGUGGCGAAUACUGUGGUGAACUGGCCGAGCCGUACAAACUCCUUCCAUAUCUCUUACAGCAUAGCACCUCAAACCUGGCCCCAGAUAUCGUCGAGGUCUACCUUCAAGCGGUCUUGAAAGUGUUCGGAUUUUGGGCUGCUGAGCUAGCUCAGAGAUGGGACAAUGACGAUUUGCCUAGGGUAAAAGAGGUGGUUGAUAUGAUAAUUACUCGCAUGAGCGAUUUCACCUCAAACUCCGGUCUCGAAGUACAGGAGCGGGCGGCGAACUCGCUCCAGCUUUUUGUCUUCGUACGGGCCGAUAUUUCGGUGUACCGCCCCAGACCGGAGAGUACCCAUGGCUUCACGGACGUCAGUGUAUCUGCAUUCGAUCCGGUGGCAAGCCAGGAGCCCAUAUUCCCAAAAAGUCUCUUGCUCAUUCGACCUCUGUUUUCUUCAUACGAUCUCAACACCGUUGCGGCUGCCGCUCAAACCAGAGUUCCCGUGCCGGUGGGUCUAGACCUUGACGCAUGGAUUGUCCCGCCAUCGAAAGACCUAGAUGCCGAAUUGGUACCCGCACAGACCAUAGACGAAGACAGUCGUCCUGUGAGGAGCAAGGGAAAGGGAAAGGGAAAGGCCAAAGCCAAAGCGACCAACGGGGCCACAAAGAAGGGCGAGAAGAAGGCAAAGAAGGGCGAACGAACAGUCCAUACACUGGUUGAAGUGCCAGUCGAAACAUCAGAGGAAAGGGCUGAACGGGAAAGGCAAAAAACUCUUCGCUUAGAGCGACAGCGAGACGACCCAUACUAUAUCAAAGACGACCGACAUUCUCCAAACGUCGAUGAUGUUGAUUCAAUACCUGUCGUCCAUCUGAAUGAUAUGCCGCCGAUGCCACAAGAUGACUUCAAAGUACCAAGCCUGCUUCGAAAGCCUGCCACACCUAUAUCGUCCGAAUUGAUUGUCGUUGACAGAGAUGGCGAGAUGCCUGAAGGUGUCCCUCUUCCGGCAUCUCUACCCAUAUCACAGAAACCUUCCAGGUCUAUUACGCCAAACGGCGUGCUUCACCAACCACUACCGUCAUUCCCUCUCUACGUCGUAGAUGAUGAGAUCCCUCGCACCGGCACCCCAGAGCCAAUAAAGGUCACACGCAUCAAGAAAAAGGGUACAGGGAAAAAAUCAGUCAAGCGCACCGUUGAGGGAUCAUAG